AUGGCAGAAGUCCCUUCAACACCCGAUUUGCUACGACUCUCUUCCGCGUUCUCCCGUGCCACGCUUGGCCACGACCACAACGCAUGCUCCACACCACGCGGCAGCUGUGCGCAGACGGCAGCACUAGGAGCCUUUGCUUCGUCUUCCACGUUGCUCCGAAUUAUGGCUCCACACUUCGAGACCGUCAAGUCGUUUGCGGACGUCCCGAUACAGCCAAAGGGCAUCGACACGGAUGACUUCCUUCUCGCAUCCGAUGGUCUUGUCGCCAUGUUCGAUCUUCUUGGAGCUGGGGUUUUUUCUUUUGUGCAAGCAGACUUGAAGAGCAACAUCGCGGGUGUUCGCGAGCGCUUCGUGGGGCACUACACACAAUCGACGUCGCUGGAAAAGCUGGUGGAGUACGAGCGGGAAGAAGGGGCGGGGAAACACGCCACGCAGUGCUUAGUGAGGCUUAUACGCGGUUUAUGGUUUACCCAACUCGCUCUGCAAACCGCGCAAGCCGAGCAUACUACCGCUCUCCACGCGUGCUUCCGCCGAGCGUAUGACGUUGUCCUUCGACACCACCACACCUUUGUCGUUCGGUCGGUCGUGCAAGUGGCCAUACGAGCUGUGCCCCGCCGCGACCACUUUUUCGGUCAACUGCGGCAAGGCGGCGACUCCGCGAACUUUGACGACGCGUUGGCGCGCUGGCUCGCGGGGCUGGACGCGCUCGUCUGCCACAUGAAGGCGUUUUUGGCGGAGGGGGGGUAUGGGAAGGUGUAG